AUGCAAUUACUUGGCACCAGUGAAGAGGACUCGGACUUCGUGCCUCUGCUGCCUAUUAAAGACGAGCCCUUGUCGGAGGGAGAACAACUACAGCUGAGUGAUGAGGCGAGUGAAACCAGCGGAGUGGGAGUGGGUGGGGAAGGGGGGGAGGGGGAGGCGCGCAGCAGCCCCGGCAGCAAAGGUUGGGCGCCGCGCGACAUGGAGUGUGCUCUGCAGGCCCUGCGAGACCGCCGCAUGAGCCUCACCAAGGCGUCGGCGACAUACGGCAUUCCGUCCACAACGCUAUGGCAGCGCGCGCACCGGUUGGGCAUCGACACGCCGAAGAAGGACGGCGGCGCCAAGAGCUGGAGCGACGCGGACCUGCGCGCUGCACUGCACGCACUGCGCGCCGGCGCGCUCUCCGCCAACAAGGCCAGCAAGGCUUACGGUCAGCGCUCACUUUGUCUCAUUCACACGCUCCACCGCUCACUCACUCACCUUGGUCACAAGAACUUGAGCGACGCAGACCUGCGCGCCGCACAGCACGCACUGCGCACCGGCGCGCUCUUCGCCAACAAGGCCAGCAAGGCUUACGAACUUGAGCGACGCGGACCUGCGCGCUGCACUGCACGCACUGCGCGCCGGCGCGCUCGCCGCCAACAAGGCCAGCGAGGCUUACGGUCAGCGCUCACUUUGUCUCAUUCGCAAGCUCACCCACUCACUCACUCACCUGGUCGCAAGAACUUGAGCGACGCAGACCUGCGCGCCGCACUGCACGCACUGCGCGCCGGCGCGCUCUCCGCCAACAAGGCCAGCAAGGCUUACGGUAUCCCGAGCAGCACGCUGUACAAGAUAGCGCGGCGCGAGGGCAUCCGUCUGGCAGCUCCUUUCAACGCGGCGCCGACGUCCUGGCACCGCAGCGAUCUGCAGCACGCGCUCGCCGCCAUUCGCUGUGGCGCUGCAUCCGUGCAGCGUGCCGCCGCACAGUUCGGCAUCCCCACCGGUACUCUAUAUGGAAGAUGCAAACGAGAAGGUAUCGAGCUAUCUCGAUCCAACCCUACGCCCUGGUCGGAAGACGCUAUGGGUGAAGCGCUAGAAGCAGUAAGGGUGGGCCAAAUGUCUAUUAACCAGGCGGCGAUACAUUACAACUUGCCGUACUCCUCACUGUACGGCAGAUUUAAGCGGUGUAAAUAUCAGCUGCAGGGUCAACCGGUGCACCAAUCAAAAAUGGAAAAAAAUAUAGAAAUAGAUCAUCAACACCAACAUCAGGAUCAAGAACCCUUCUCCUACCAUUCUUUACCGCCUCACGCUGAUCCUAAUACGUCGGACGAUCAAACGAACGUUCAAAUACCGUACAGCCAACUAUUGAGUGAAGUCCACGAUACCAUGCACGGUCACAUGGUAUUGCAGGAGCAAUAUAGCGGGCAGGGACUUUACUACACGCAAGGUUAUUACAGUGGUAUGGCCACCAGUUGA